AUGCAGAAGGUGGAGGGACGUGUAACUCCAAUUAACCUGCCGUCCUCCAGGGGCCCGAGCACCCCCGGGUCUCCUGCUACUGGCAUCAUGGCCCGUUUGAAUGACCAGGUGGUGCCUUACAAAGAUCUGGCAGCGCUGCCCAGAGAUAAAGCCAUCCUGCAGGUGGAGAGGCCCGACCUGAUGACCUACCAGCCCCACCUCAGCUUCUCUUCGCUCGACCCGCCACGCAGAGAGCGCUCCCUGUCUCCUACCUCCUCAUCUCCCAACAUGUCUCCAGAGGUGAAAAGUCGCAGAGCGGAGAGUGACAGUGGCUCACCUGCAGGGUCCAUGCUGCAGCUGCAGGCUGGACGCAAGAUCAGCACGAGCCUGCAGCAUUUCCACCGACCAGACAACGGCACCAACAUCUACAGGAAGCCUCCCAUCUACAAACAUGAAACGAACAAACACGCAGAGGGCCGCGGGGUCAUUCAGUCUGCCAAGUUCCCCGCCGCUCAGCCUCCAGACCCCAACCAGCCCUCCAAAAUCGAGACAGAGUACUGGCCCUGCCCGCCAUCGCUGGCUGCCAUGGAGAUCGAGUGGAGGAAGAAGAAGCUGGAGGAGGAAGACGAGUUCGAGGAUCUAACAGAAGAAGCCAAGACGCUGCAGGAACAGGAACUGGAGAAGAUCAAGUCCAACCUGGGCCGUCUGAUUCUGAAGGAGGAGAAGGAAAAAGGCGUUCACUUCAGGAGGAAGACACAGUCUCUGCCCGACAGAACACACAUGCACGGCAGUUUGUCAGCAAGUGCCUCCAAGUCUCCUUCACGAUCCGGCCUGAGCAGAAUGCAGUCUGCAGAGUUUUCCACAGAUGGAGACAAAGGUCAACCAGCUGCUCAGAACGAAGAGUCUCGAAGAGAACGCAUGGACCGAGGAAACUCUCUGCCGAGCAUCUUAGAGCAGAAGAUCUAUCCAUAUGAAGCACUGAUCGUGACUCACAGGGGGCGCUGUAAGCUGCCUCCAGGGGUCGAUCGCACCCGGCUGGAG